AUGACCUACGAACCUGCACCACCUGCCGCCGAGCAGCUCCCCCUCCCCAGCCCGACAGGCAGCGCAAAGGCCAGCCCCACCGCUCCGCCCGUCACGACGGUGCCGCUCGCGGCCGACGACGCCCCGAUGAGGGGGUACGACUCGCGGCUGUCGGCGUCGACGCCGUCCUUCUCGCACUUCUCGAACUCCUCGCGGCGGCGCCUGGUCGACGACCAGGGCCGGGCGCUGCGCACCAUUGCCGAGAACCGCGUGCAGAACAACUUUGCGCCGCACGCAGCCCACUCGCACCGGAGCAGGCAGAGCGGGAGCUCGAGCGGCUCCCCGCGCCUCAGCGGCCCCGCGUCCGCGUCCUGCCUCAGCCUCGAGGUCGACCGCGAGGACCGCGAGGCCGACCGGCCCUUGCGUGCCAACCCGCGCGCUCAUCUGCGCGCGCACCGCCGCGCCAACCUCCGCGCCGAGGCGCUCGCGUCGCAAAUGUCGCUGAAUAACUCGAACCUCACCCUCUCGGCCGCCGUGCCCAAGGACAGCAGCGCCAAGAGCAAGGAGCCAAAGGCGCUCCGCUGGAUACACAACGCGCUCCUCAAGCCAUUCGGCAAGAAGUUUGGCUCUAAAUGA